AUGAGUCAACUCGGUCUCAUAUUACACGAAUCGCUCCGUCCUCAAAGAGAAGCAAGAACCUUACUCGGUUUACUAACAGAACAAAUGGACGGUGCAGAUUCAUCAACUACAAGAAGACGUAGUCUGAAAGAACGGUUCAGAUUCACCGGUAUCGGUGGUUGCUGUGGUGCCACCUGGGUUUUCCGUCCAAUUAUCAGACACGAGCACCACCAACAACAACAACAACGACAACAAGAGGAAGCAAGAGGAGAAGGAGAAGCUAAUGUGGAGCAACAAGAAUUACAGGUUCAAGAUCCGAAUCCGGAUCCGUCUAGCUCUUCUGGGAUGAAUCUUGCGGCGGCAUUGGCGGCGGAGCGUCAGAUGAGAGGUUCGGAGGAAACUGGCGGCGGCGAAAGAGCGACGCCGUGGAGAGUUUCGUUGAUGAAACUGUUGGAGGAAACGGAAGUGGAAAGUGAGAGUACGACGACGACGGUUACGGAGGGGAGUGAUUCGGUGUGCUGCGUGUGCAUGGGAAGGAAGAAAGGUGCAGCGUUCAUACCGUGUGGACACACUUUUUGUAGAGUGUGUUCAAGGGAACUGUGGUUGAAUCGAGGGAACUGUCCCCUUUGUAAUCGUUCUAUUCUUGAGAUUCUCGAUAUUUUCUGA